AUGGAGAACUUAGCAACACCGGAGAAACAACCCGCAACUUCACAACCACAACAAUUCUCGCCAACACCUACCCAACCUUCACCAAACACUACCAUACCAAUUCCACCACAACAACCGCAAUCUACACGACCUACCUCUACAUCUCCAGUACUAUCAUUCUCAACCUUUUUCCCAAACUUUGAUAACAAUCAACCAACUUCCACCCAAACAACAUCUCUUCAACACCCAACUACAACCCAGACUGUCAAUUUACAGCAGUCGUCUCCUUAUGUUAGAAUCAUUCCUGAUGACACUCCAUCACCGAUUCAAACUCAAGCACCUAAUGCAACAUCAAUUCCGCAAGCCACUCGACCGGUUAUUUCACAGCAAAGUCAGCCAAUGCCAAAUCUUUAUAGAUCAACCAUUUAUGAUCAAGGAAAUAACUCAGGUGAUUUUGAUGAUGGCUAUGAGGAAUAUGAUAACUACGUAGGCCACAGAACGGCGUCAACAUCAGCGAUAUGUCGUACCGGGUCGGUUAAGUGGGAUUAUAAAACGAAUAAAACCAUAAUAAUAACACCCGAUCCAUGUUUAUAUCCAUCUAAGUCAACUUACAGCAGCUUUUCACCACAAAAUCACGUGAGAUGCUUCUUCUUCGUCACCAAGUUCUUUCAAGAACUCCAUAGCCUCCAACCUUCAUAA